GAAUAAUUUUCAGCAAUGGAGAAAUAUGGGAGCAAACACGACGUUUUUCUAUUAUGAUCUUAAGGUCUCUGGGGAUGGGAAAGAAAACUAUUGAAGACCGAAUUCAGGAGGAAGCCCAUUGUCUGGUGGAAGCAUUGAGAAAAACCAAUGGGUCUCCCUGUGACCCUAACUUUCUUUUGGCCUGUGUUCCCUGCAAUGUGAUUUCUGCUGUCAUUUUCCAGCAUCGCUUUGACUACAAUGAUGAUAUAUUCAUAGGCUUCAUGAAGAAUUUUCAAAGAAUUAUUGAAAUUUUAACAUCUCCUUGGAUCCAGCUGUGCAGUGCCUACCCUAUCUUAUCCUAUCUCCCAGGAAGCCAUAAUGAAUACUUCAAAAUUUUGACUGAAAUAAAAGCGUUCAUUUUGAAGGAAAUAAAAAGGCAUCAAGAAUCUCUGAACCUCAGUGACCCUCAGGACUUUAUUGACUAUUUCCUGAUUAAAAUGGAAAAGGAAAAACACAAUAAAAAGUCUGAAUAUGGCAUGGAUAACAUGAUCGCCACCGUAUCUGAUCUUUUUCAUGCGGGAACAGAGACAACAAGCUCCACAAUGAAAUAUGGGCUUUUUCUUCUGCUGAAGCACCCAGAAGUCACAGCUAAAAUUCAAGAAGAAAUUGCACGUGUGAUUGGCAGCCACCGGAGCCCCUGCAUGAAGGACAGGAGCCACAUGCCCUACACAGAUGCUGUGCUGCAUGAGAUCCAGAGAUACAUUGAUCUUAUCCCUAUUCCUUUGCCUCGUAAAACAACACAGGAUGUGGAAUUCAGAGGAUACCACAUUCCCAAGGAAGAAGAGCUUGUAUUGGAGAAGGUCUGGCCCGCAUGGAGAUGUUUCUAAUCCUGACCAACAUUUUACAGCAUUUUACUUUAAAACCUCUGGUCAACCCAGAGGACAUUGACACCAACCCAGUUCAAACUGGUUUGUUGUCU